UGGAAACAUAGUAGAAAACUUUGAAUUCUCGAAAGAACCAAAAGAAGAGAAAAAGCACAAAAGAAAACUGUAUUUGCUAUAGUAGCUGUUGAAAGAAUAAGACUAGUUGCCAUUGAUUUUUAUUUUUUAUUUUUAUUUUUUUUUCAUCAAAUGAAGAACAAAGGAAGCAAACUUGUAGGAGCAAAUUGGAUGAUUUUAGGGUUGCCAUCCAUUUUCUUGCUAUGCAUAUUCUUUUUUCUUGCCGGGUUCUUUGGUUGUACUCUUUUCUCUCAGCAGGAUGCGUCAAGCACUUCUUCAAGGCAUUGGCCUCGGGGACUGCAGGAAGAGAAGAAGAAAGAGUUUGAUGCGCUGCCGCGGGGAGAGACCGGAGAGGAUAAUCUCACUUCGAUUCCUUUUCAGAUUUUGAGCUGGAAUCCACGAGCAUUGUACUUUCCAAGUUUUGCUAGUGCAGAACAAUGUAAAAGCAUAAUAGAAACAGCAAAGGAACACCUUGAACCAUCUUCCUUAGCUCUACGCGAGGGAGAAACAGCUGAAAAUACCAAAGGAAUUAGGACAAGUUCUGGCAUGUUUAUAAAUGCAUCUGAAGACGAAACUGGAAUCCUGCAUGAGAUUGAGGCAAAAAUUGCAAAAGUAACAAUGAUCCCCAGAACCCAUGGAGAGGCAUUCAACGUCUUGCGUUAUGAGGUCGGUCAGAGAUACCAUUCUCAUUAUGAUGCUUUCAAUCCUGCUGAAUAUGGUGCACAGAAGAGCCAAAGGAUAGCUUCUUUCUUGUUGUAUUUGUCUGAUGUUGAAGAAGGGGGUGAAACCAUGUUCCCUAUAGAGAACGGGCUAAACAUGGACGCUACUUAUGAUUAUCGUAAAUGUAUGGGUAUGAAAGUAAAGCCACGCCGAGGAGACGCACUUCUGUUCUACUCACUAUUCCCAAAUGGUACAAUUAAUCCGACAUCUCUUCAUGGGAGCUGUCCGGUGAUCAAUGGGGAAAAAUGGGUAGCCACAAAAUGGAUCAGGGAUCAAGAUCAGGAAGAAGACUAGAUUUAUGUCCACUGCUCUGAGCAUUAUCCUAAAAAUUUUGGUCAUCAGAAAUUGGACAUCCAUUUUUGUUUAAACUCAGAGUUGCCAAUAAGAUUUGUGUAUAGAAACACUAGCAAUACCUAGCUUUUAUAUGAACAUUUUGCUAUACGCUUCUGGGCAGCUUUACUCUAAAUUUUCAAAAGAAUAAAGGGUGGCUCGAUAUGGAAGUUGAGGGGUUUCCUCCCUCUUUCAAGCUU